AACAAUAUGGCGGAAGAAGUAGAGAGCGAUGUUAUUACAGAAAAUACUACUGAAAUGGAAGAAAAGAUCGAAUAUCCCCUGGAUGUGAAGUACUGUGGAGUGUGCAGUUUACCUUUGGAGUACUGUGAAUACACUGCAGAGUAUGAGAAAUGCAAGGAGUGGUUAAAAGCAAAUAUUCCUGAUGCUUAUGAGGCACUUAUUGGUCAGGUUGCAGACCAAUUGGGUGAUGUGGAAGUAAGUGAAGGAGCAGCCAAAAAAAAGCAGACUAGAGGUGGCAAAGGGGUUGUCAGAGCUCCAAAGAAAAAGAAUGUAAAAAAAAAGGUAACGCUUUCAAGAGCUCAGAGAAAUAAGAAGAAAUAUGUGACAGUUGUUACUGGACUGGGUACAUUUGAUAUUGACCUGAAAAAAGCUGCAAAGAGCUUCGCCCAAAAGUACUCGUGUGGAUCGUCAGUGACGGGUGAUGAUGAAAUUGUUAUCCAGGGAGAUGUUUUAGAUGAUCUACUAGAUUUCAUUCCAGAGAAAUGGCCAGAGAUUGAUGACGAUAGCAUAGAUGAUCUCGGAGAUCAGAAGAGAUGAUAGUUUUGAAUUUAUUCAAUUUCUUGUAACUAAAUUAAAAGCUAAACCAUAAUUUCAUUCACUCCUGUUAGGCGCUUGCCAAGGAGCCUCUGUUAGUGAAUUCGAUUCUUCUCCAGUUCUAAAAUAUCGGUGAAGAGAAAUAUCUACACCUGCAAAAUUUGUGAAGGUAGAUUCACGACUUAUAACCGGUCGUCCUAUUACUCUUCAUCCAAGUUUUCCCUUUCCUUUCGUUUUCCUGUUUUUCAAUCACUAUUCCGAAGAAUUUUUUUGCAAUGCUGCUAAUAUACCUCAAAGGACUCAUGCAUCUCUUUUUGUCAAUCCUUUGCCUUAUGGGCCCUUUCCCGUAGAUAAAGGUAUGAAUAAAAUUGACGCUGUUCUUUGUAAAGGAAUAGCAAAUGGUUCAGUGACCGUAA